CUUUCAACCAAGUCACGAUGACAGAUUUCGGGGAUAUCCUAAAAAAUGUGGGGGAAUUUGGCCGGUUCCAAAUAAGUUUGGUGCUGAUGCUGUGCGUCCUCAGCUUCUUCAACGCCUUCCACAUGUUCGCGCAGGUUUUUAUGGGCAUCUCGGUGCCCCAUCACUGCGAUACCGCCUGGAUCCUGGAGAAAAACUCAAAUUUGACCGAAGAACAGCAAUUGAACCUUACCAUUCCAAAAACCGCCGACGGAUCUUACGAGCAAUGCCUCAUGUAUACCCCUGUUGAUUGGGAUAUCGAAUGGAUCGAGCGUUACGGACUAAACAACACGGAAAAGUGUCGGAGUGGAUGGGUGUACGACACGUCAGAGCAAAAAUCAACACUGGUUACAGAGUUCGAUCUGGUUUGUCACAGAAAAGAGGAGAAUGACAUAUCCCAGUCCAUAUACAUGUUGGGUCUCCUUAUAGGAUCCAUUAUUUUUGGGCCUUUGGGAGACAGGAUCGGCCGGCGUUCAGUGAUAUUAAUAUCCAUGUUACUGCAGUUGGCCUUUGGGGUCGGAGCAGCUUUCUCUACGCAUUUUUACCUCUACACAGCCCUGCGAUGUGUGGUCGGGAUGGCCGUCUCUGGACUCCUAAUAAACAAUCUUGUGUUAGUUGCUGAAUGGGUUGGAUCGUCCAAACGAGCCUUCGCCACCAUCUCUGGCCAUGUCUGCUUUGCAAUUGGUUUAAUGGCCUUGGCCGGCGUAUCCUACGGAAUCCGUAACUGGCGGCUGCUGCAGAUCGUGGGGUCUGCCCCGACUGCCAUAUUGUUCUUCUACAUUUGGAUCCUUCCAGAAUCUGCCCGGUGGCUCGUUUCUAAAGGCAAGAAUGAAAAAGCAAAAAAAUUCCUCCAGAAAGCAGCUUCGAUGAACAAGCAGACUUUCUCGGACGAGCUCUUUGAACAGAUACGUGAAGAAAAAAAGUCAAAAUCAGGCAACAUUGUAGACCUACUGAAGGACCCAAAUCUCAGGAAAAUAACAGCUAUCAUGUGCUCCAUAUGGUUUGUGAACAGCCUGGUCUACUACGGCUUGAGUCUGAACGUGGGGAGUUUCGGGUUGGACAUUUACCUGACGCAGCUCGUUUUUGGAGCUGUGGAGAUUCCUGCCCGUCUUGGAUCCAUGUUCAUGGUUCAGAUACUUGGAAGGAAACCAAGUCAAGCAUUGUAUUUAUUGCUGGGUGGGACGGUUUGUCUCGUUAUCACAGUGAUAUCCAAGGACCUGCCGGUUGUUAUCACGGUCCUCGCUGUGGUCGGAAAAUUCUCCAUUGCCUCUUCUUUUUCCGUUUGUUAUAUCUACGCAGCAGAGUUAUUCCCCACCGUGAUCCGACAGAGCGGCGUGGGGCUGUGCUCAAUGGCAGCCCGCGUAGCCGGGAUUAUUGCGCCCCUUAUUAGCUUGCUGGGGAAGUAUCAUCCAGCGAUACCGAUGGCUAUUUACGGCAGCGGCCCUGUUAUCAGCGGGUUCCUCUGCUUCUUACUCCCCGAAACUCGCAACAAGGAUCUUCAAGACCACACAAAUGAAGCUGCAGUGAUGGAGAGAUCCAAUGGCGUCCCUAAGGAAUACCUGAUUAAUGAAAAGGAACAUGGACUGGAACAAGAACCGGAACCAAAGAAGCAGAAAAGCACCCGGCUAUAACGUCUUUCUCCAUCAUUAUAGAUUAAAAUAAGUAUAAACUA